AUGGCUACCCAAUCUGCUGUUUCUACCGCUUCAGUUCCACAAGGAGCCCCUUCCACCAACGUAUCCGCUUCGGUCGUUCCACCACAAGGUCUCUGGAGUUCCGCUCAGCAACUUUUCUCAUUCACAGCUCCAAAAAUCGGAAAAGACGGAGAGUUCUCGUUCCAAUUCUUAACUUCUCCACAAAGAGCGAAACCAGCUGCGACUGUCAACGCUGAUAACUUCUACAUGUAUGCCUGUGGAUCCAUUAACAUGCCAUAA